UCAAACUGAAAGCGACGUGUGCGGUUCUUUCAAGCCCCCGGAGAUUUGCAUCCACGCACCGUUCGUCGGUCCUCAACGGCACACAAAAAUAUUUAAAAGCCACCAGGAGAGGGCCCAGCUAAGGGAGAGUUAAAGAGCACAAACAUGAACAGCGAUGAGGUGCAACUGAUCAAGAAGACCUGGGAAAUCCCCGUGGCAACACCCACAGACUCUGGAGCGGCGAUACUGACGCUGUUCUUCAACCGCUAUCCGUCCAACUUGGAGAAGUUCCCCUUCCGCGAUGUCCCGCUGGAGGAGCUAGCUGGAAACGCUCGCUUCCGGGCGCAUGCCGGCCGGAUCAUCCGAGUCUUUGACGAGUCCAUCCAGGCUUUGGGGCAGGAUGGCGAUCUGGAGAAGCUGGAGGAGAUCUGGACCAAGGUGGCCAUUAAUCAUAUUCCACGGACCAUUUCCAAGGAGUCGUACAAUCAACUGAGAGGCGUGAUCCUGGAGGUGUUGACCGCCGCCUGCAGUCUGGACGAGAGCCAAGCGGCCACGUGGGCCAAGUUGGUGGACCAUGUCUACGCCAUCAUAUUCAAGGCGAUCGACGAUGACGGCAACGCCAAGUAGAUGAGCCAGCAGCUGAUGAGGCAGCAUUUGGGGCUAGCAAUUUUUUUGUUUUUUUUUGGAUUCCGAGGAUGCAACUGAUGCCGGCGGUGGCACUUGCAACACAUGCACAGCUUAUGUAGUUCUAAGUAAUUGAUAAAUGUUAGCUAUUCUCGUUUUGUAAUAAUGAAUGCAAAUGUGCAGCAAAGAACACACACACACAGUAGAAAGCUAUGUAUGUCUGCGUAGAGCUACUCACACACUCGCACACCCCACCCUCACACACGCACUUGCAUUAAUCCGUAAAGCUUUAACCCAUUGUCAGCCUUAAGCACUUGAUAACAAACGAAUAAAUGAAAUCAGCAAAUGAGAAAAAAUAAAGCUUAUGAAUACAAUCCAGUUGGAAA